UGAAGCUCGCGGUGGCGCACCACUCCCGCUUUUAAAUCUCGUUCCUUUUUCAUAAUAAACUAAACUCAAAAGAAAAAGAGCCGAAAGCCAAUAGAUCAAAUGAAUCGCAGGAGGCCCCAACUUACACCAGUUCAAAGAUCGGCAAAGAACGAGAGAGAUAGACGCCACCGCGCAUUAAAAAAAAUGGAAUUCGAGAGAUUGCGGAACGAGAAAAUGGAAUUGCAGGCUACAGUAGAGGAGCUGAGAAAUGAAAAUACGAGCUUAAGAAGGGGCUACGAGAGGAACAACGAUGACAUUUCGAACCUCCAAAACACCGUACGUCAACUACGUGAACAGAAAGAAGAACUGCGUCGAAAGUAUCUAGAACUGCAAGAGAUAGUGAAGCAGGCACAGUCAUACUUUAAAUUUGAUGAAUUUCCUAGUCCCAAUGAAGAAGCUCCAAACAAUGAAACAGCAUAACUUGGACUGCAAUGUAUGAUUAGAAAGUAGUAUGUGGUUGAUGCAGGGUAUUUUAGUAGGCAAAGUCUCUGAGGUGCUGCUCUAUUGCAUAUGCAUUCUUCUUGGCUCUACUUAGUAUAUGAUGCUUUUCUUUCUUCAACCACAUUGCAUACCUACAUAUGAAGCUUUGUAAUCUUUGUGUGUCUCGUAUUUAUUGUGAACUGCACUACCUUUUCUAAAAGGAUAGAUAUCAAAACUAUAAGUAAUUUUGUUGUAAUGUAAUUAGUGAAUUUUGAUUUAGUAUAAUUAUAUAAUGAGAUUUUAAUUUUAAUUGAUUUUUAUAAA